CACGAUCAGAGCGCGUGUUUUGGCCACGCCUCCCCAUCAGCUGACAGCGCGCGUGACUCAGUGCCGUGCUGACUUCCUAGAGAACACCAGCGAGCGGAGCAUCAGAGUAAAAGUAUGUGAAUUAACGAGUGCUUUUAGGUGUCGGGGUGGGAUUUCGGGAGAGAUGCCAUCCAAUAAGAGUGUCUCGGAUGCCCCGAUCACACAGUUUGUGAACUGCAGGAUACUGAAAGAUCACAAGCUGCAAUGGGAAGACCUGUGGGUUCGCGAGGGCAAGAUUUUGAACCCGGAGAAGCUGUUCUUCGAUGAGGAGGGUUUUGCGGAUCACAGAGUUGACUGCAAGAAAAAAAUAAUUGCGCCUGGCUUCAUAGACGUACAGCUAAACGGGGGAUAUGGCAUUGACUUCUCCCAGGCCAGCAGUGACAUCAGAGGAGGCGUGGCUCUGGUGGCCAAAAAGAUUCUAGAACACGGUGUCACUUCCUUCUGCCCGACCCUCGUCACGUCUCCCCCAGACAUAUACCAUAAGGUCAUUCCUGAGCUCAAAGUUCAGGAUGGAGGACCUGAAGGGGCAGGUGUUUUAGGUAUUCAUCUGGAGGGGCCAUUCAUCAGUGAAGAGAAGAGAGGCGCUCACCCUCCGAAGUUCCUCCGCACCUUUAAAGCAGGCGGCGUGGCCGACCUGAUGGAGACUUAUGGGCUCCUGGAAAAUGUCGCCAUGGUAACCCUCGCUCCAGAACUAGCCAAUAGCGCGGCAGCAAUCCGUGAACUGUCAGGAAGAGGCAUAGCGGUGUCACUCGGUCACUCUAUGGCUGAUCUCUCUCAGGCAGAAGAGGCUGUGCAGAAUGGAGCCACGUUCAUUACACACUUAUUUAACGCCAUGUUGCCUUUUCACCAUCGGGACCCAGGCAUUGUGGGAUUGCUCACGAGCGAUCGUGUUCCAGCAGGUCGGACGGUUUACUACGGGAUGAUCGCAGACGGGAUACACACACACCCUGCAGCGCUGCGCAUCGCACACAGAGCUCAUCCCGCAGGGUUGGUGUUGGUCACUGAUGCUGUGACGGCGAUGGGUCUUCCUCCUGGUCGACACACACUCGGACAGCAGCAGAUAGACAUCCAGGGGCUUCAUGCUUACGUCGCAGGCACUACAACUUUAAGUGGCAGCAUCGCAACCAUGGACAUGUGUGUGAGACACUUUAGAGAGGCGUCAGGCUGCACAGUAGAAGCUGCAUUAGAAGCUGCAUCGCUGCAUCCUGCUCAGCUGCUGGGCAUCAGUCACAGGAAGGGAACGCUGGAGUACGGCACAGAUGCAGAUUUUGUAGUACUUGAUGACACACUGACCAUCAGGGAAACCUACAUUGCUGGACAGCAGGUCUGGAGGAAGUGACAUCAUCUGGAGGACAGUCUUCUGCUGGGAUCAUUAGAGUUUUUUGAUUAGAAUUUCUCUUUUUUCGUAUCACUAAAAAGAUGCGUUACUGCAAAAACAUGUUAUUCUCAUUAAAUCGAAUUCUAUUGAUUAAUUUCUGAAUAUCUCUUUAUGCUCAUGUACUGUAAUGCAUCUUGAGGCAUUUAAAAAGAGCCAGAAUGAUUUUUUUAUCACAUACUGCAUGAAUGGAUUUCUAACGCAGAUCGAACUUGUUCAUAUGUGAAAGACAAGAAAAUCUUAAGGGUUCAGUUAUUUCAGUAAUAACCUACAUAAUUCAGUGUUCCCAAUCUGAUGUGAAAGUGGAGAGUUUAACUAACUGAUUUCAAUAAUGUUUCUAUUCUAUUCUUUUUAUUUGUUAGCCUUAAGGUUUUAUCCUCUUUUAGUCUAACUUUCUUUUAUUGAUAAAAAUGUAUUUUUGUGAGUCUGAAUGAGAAAGAUGCUUAUAUAGUGGACGUAUUAAAGAUAUCCAGCUUACUUGAAUUGAUUAUCUAUUUAGUUCAUUGCAACAUAAAAAAAACCCCGAUAUAAAUCACAAACAAAGCAUUAUUCAAAUCAUGUUUCGGCAAUACAACUUCAUUAAAAAACUACCUCAAUCUCACAAUAAAUGCAGCUUCUAUUAAAAAAAACAUUGUUCAAGUUAA